CACUAUUUACGACCUAGUGUAUAAAAAAGCGAACUACUUUUACCUAUUUCACACUCCUCGAUACCGAUUUCUUUGCGCCUAUAGAAUAAUUGUCGACCACUUUUAAUAAGCGCUGUCUGCUUAGAACGAGCUUACCUGAGCAUUUUCACACUUACAGUUACAACCAGUUUCACCGAAAUAAACGAGGAAGUAGAAAAAAUUAUCCCAAAAAUUCGCUUCUUUUACUCGUAGAAAGUACUAUCGAUUUGCAGCUAACCCCUACACCACUCUUACAAUACUACACACUUUCGAAUUUCAAUUUCCGUUUAUCACUUUUUUUGAAACAAUAAAAAGAUACCACACUACUUUUUUGUGGCAUCCCUGUACUGAAAACCAUCACAAAUUCGCAAUUUGGCACGGCCACCGCCAUGGCAAGUGCAGUCGCAGCCCCUACCGCUGCAGACAUAGCUGUUGAUACGGCUACAACAACUCCUGCAGCUCCGGUACUAGAAGGUCCUGAAAGUAGUACGCCGGCGGCAGUCGUGCAAGCAGCCAUGAUGCCAGAGCACCGGGACACCACUGGAGCAGCCAUGCCAGCGGCUCCGGCGCCUGUCCCUGUGGCUCCGGUGACUGGGUUCGUGCAUCAAGUCACUUCCGAGUCGAAUGCUACGAGCGGUGCGGACGCUGUAGUGCUCCCUGUAGUUGUGAACAAUACCACAACCGCCCCUGCAGCUGCGGCUGUCGUGCCUAAUGUGGACGAUGUGCAGCAGGUCGUCCAGGACGCUGGUGGUGUUGGCACGACGUCCGCGUCGUCUCACCCGAAUGCUAGUAGUGCCGCGCCUGCAAUUCCCCAGCACGACCAAGCUGCUGCUUCCGGACAACCAGCUGGCACGACGACGGCGACCCACUCCCACCACCAUCACCACUCCACCGCAGCUGCCGUCGAGAAAACCACCACCGCUCUGGGUUUAGAGCAAACCACCAACAAACUGGUCGAAUCGCUGCAGGUCUACGGGGUCGGGCCGCUGUGUGCAGUGCAGAAAGCGAUCUUCGGCCGGAUUGCCCACGGCAACGGGACCACCGCGUCGGGCGUUCUGGGCGAGCAGGUGGCCGCGAUGAAGGUGGCGAAAGUGGUGCAAGAUACUGGUGCUCAUCAACCGGGAGGUAGUACAACCAAAGGAGGAGCAACUGGCGCAGCGGGGGCAGCGCAUUAUGCGAUGCAAGAUAUGCAACCCGGCGUAGUUGGUGGAGCCCCUAGCCCUCCAACCACAGCGACAACUACUGUUCCUACCGCGAUUUCCACCCCGGUUAGCAGCCAGGUCACUUCUGGCGCCGCGUCCGCCGCUACCCAAACCGCCACGUCCGUCAUUGGUAAUGCGGAUGCCACGGGUUCCCACGCUGCCUCGACGGCGAAACAUCAUUUACAGCAAAUCGCGAUCAACGACGCUAUGGUGCAGCUGAGCCACCCGUCUCUGACCGAAGUUGUCCACGCGGCGCAAGUCGCCGGCCUGCACGCCGCAGUGUAUGGUGGUUUAUUCGGCGGAGUAACCAGUGUACUGGUUGCGGUUGCGAGCGAAUGGCGGAAGAACCAGGUGGUCGUUGAGGAGGCGGGUGCUGUGGAAGAAGCUGCGGACUCGGCAAUGCAAAAGGCCGCCCCAGAUGUUGAGAAAGAUAGAGGCACGACAAAAAUUCUGAGCACCUCCUGCGAAGAUGAGAUCAAGACCGAGCCGACAGGGGCGCUUUCCGCAUCUGACAGCUCCGUUGAGGAGGCGAAACAUGAAACCGACCCAGUUGAGUUGGCGACGGCUCGUGUAGUUGGGAUGAUGAAUACUGAGGACACGACUUCUGUGAUGUUGAAGAAGGACUACAAACCUGACGAUCUUCAAGCCGGAGAAGUCUCCACUCCCCCCGAAAUCACGUCUACCUCGUCCAUGGAGACCACGGUUGGGGCUCUCGAAGACCAUGAGCCGGAAUCCGGGUCAUUCACGGUUGAAACGCCAGCUAAGGACGGAGAGUUCGGAGAAGAUGGAAAGGAGGGAGCCCCCACCGAUCUUAACGACGCUAACCUGAAACCAGCCACAGUUCUCCAACAGAAAUUGCUUCAGGAGGAGAGGAGGGCGAGGGCGUUGAGCAACAUCAGCGCUACCGCUACUGGUGGACAGAUGAAUAAGAGGGAAGACAGUGGAACUACACCAGGCACCACUGGUACAACCGCUACCGCUCUUAACAAAAAACCGCCACUCCACCAAAUCGCUUUGCGCGGUUUCGUCCAGGGCGCCUUCCCGGCGGCUGUUUCCGCUGCAGCAACGAGUGCUACGACCGAUAUUGUUCUGCUCUUCAAACUGCACGAGGCGCUGCAACACACAUUAUCUUCGACCUACAUUUACGCUUUGCAAGUCGCUUCCGCCGUGGACCACACGACGAGUUACAUGUUUCUCCUGCUCCCUCUCCCCCUUCCGGCCGUGCAUUUGUCACCGUCUUUUAUGUUCACGAAUGGAAACACGUCGAACUUGCUCGCCGCAACGACACUAAGUUCGCUGAACGGGUCGAUCGCGGCACACCACUUAACGACCGCCGUUACUGUCGCGGCUGCUUCCGGCGCCUUGGCCGGGGGGUUAGUCAUGAUGGGGUUGGACCGGUACAGGGGGGUGCCGUUGAAAAAAUCGUUGACGAUUUUCACAGCUGGUUUGCUUGGUAACAUCCUUGGUGUGCUGACGAUUGGUCCAGUGGGGGGUGCGUUGACCGGCGUGGCAUUUAGAUUAUUGGCAGAGGAGGGAAUUCGAAUCCCCCUGCAGGAGUGCAUCCGGCAUUUGUGGACGCACCAAGUGCCGAGAGCGGUUGGGUUUGUGACCGAGGAGAUGCGGGAGUUUUGGGAGAAAGUGAACGAGUUCCUAGUGACGGUUCAGGAGAGCGACUUAGUGGAGCGCGGGUCGCGGUCCUGCGAGAGCGGUCGUUUAUUUAUUUCGGGCAGGAGUUGCUGCUUGGGCCCGGCGGAGUUCCUGUUUGCUGCGAAGGGAAGAUGCGGAGGUGGGGGAAAAGAAAAGCAGUUUUCGAACGGACGUGUGGAAAAAGAAAACAAGCAAGCUCUAAAACAGUCUGGCGGAGUGACCGACGAAAAGUCCGCCCAACCCGAGUCAGCGGCACAGAACCUGGCGCCGGGUAGUCACGAAGAACAGGUUAACGAUCACGAAAUCGAAACCGAAAACCUUGAGUCCGCCGGUACCGGGGGGUCUGAAAACGAGACCUCCGAUAAGAAACAGCAAUUAAAGCCACUGGUCACGUCGUGGUUUGAGUACCCGGAUUUUUCGUUGCUUGAGCAGUCCGGGAAGGCGGUUGCCGAAUCCUACGUGUGGUUGGAGGAAACUUAUUCUUCUGCGAAGGAGAGAAUCCACAGGAUUUGCGCGACUGGGGCUGAAAAAGAAAAAGGAGAGCAGCAGCCGGGUUCGUCUUCCUCGGUGGCCGAUGUUCACGUCGACGCUGAAGGUAAAAAAGCUUCUGCCGUGGAUGAUGUAGUAGAGGGGAAUCUCGAUCUUGAUGGUGAGAAGACAUCACGUGGCGGCUUGCACGUGCCGCAAGAAGAGAUUGAAACCGCGAAUGCGGAAGCGGAUGGAGCACAUUGUGGAGGCUCAAACGCAGCUGGUGCUGGUCUUGCAGAACAAAAAUCUCAGGCUAGUACUGAAACGGAAGUGCCCGACGAAGCGCAGCAGGAAAAAGAGGCAGAGGAGGAUGGGCCUAAGGUCCUCGGUGACGAAAAUAAUGAAACUGCCACUCACCCUGCAGAAUCCGUCGGAAGCGAUGAAUGAGAUAGAGACUGAAGCUUGAUACUAUUUAGUUUUGUCCCAUUGCGGACGUCGUGCUUUAGCACGACCUGGAAUGACCGACUCCAGGAGGGAUGCGUCAUCCGAUAAAUUCCAAAUCCUAUCAAGAUAGGAAAGUACUAACUUCCUUACACUAGCAGCAGCAUCGCUGCUGAUCCUCAAAGGAGGAUCUUCUGAAUCUUUAAUUUCGACACACGACGAGUGCUUCAUAGCACCGAAAUUGCACGACCUGUUGCUUGAGAGCACAGGGAUUGGACUAGAUGAAACGCAUAUUUUUUCAUCUUCUUUCUUGUAGGUACAGACUCUCCGUUUGACGCCUGCAACGUUCUUGUAAGCCAUAUACGAUGAAAAAGUUUUAUAUUUAUAGCCGAUUGCUUUUUUGCUUGGACGAAUGUGUGUCAGUUUAGGGUCACAUGCAAAGGUGCUGCCUCUGACAGUGACAGCAAUGGAAACUUGAGGAUGGGCAUGAUUGACUUUGGAAAGAUCAUGACACGUGAUGCAAACGAGCAUCGAGCUACGAAAACAGUAUUUUUUCAUCUUGGAUAAUGUUGCCUACAAAUUGAACGGCACUACUAUAAAAUGAUACUUACCUGCUCCUGCGGCUGCGGGGGGCCACUUCUGAGAGGAGGUGAUU